UCGCCGGAUGUGCUUUGACGUGUCGUCGUCUGGUGACAGCUGGGAGGAAAAGCGCAGCUAGUAAACAUCACGAAAAAACAGGAUCCGCCGGACAAACAGCGGCUCCCGACCGUCGCCCUCUGCUCGCCCGAAGCCGUCGGCGUCCCCGCGUGUCCCCGCCGCCGGUCCCGGCUGUGGUAGCCGCCGCCAGUCCGCCUUAAAGCAGCAGCAGCAGCGCCGGGGCGUCAGCCAGCUAGCCCGCUAGCCUAGCCUUACACCGCAGCCAGACACACACACACACACAGACAUGAUAGCGCUCAUCAACAAGCUGCUGGACUGGUUCAAGGCGCUCUUCUGGAAGGAGGAGAUGGAGCUCACCCUGGUGGGGCUGCAGUACUCCGGGAAGACCACCUUCGUCAACGUGAUAGCGUCUGGCCAGUUCAGCGAGGACAUGAUUCCCACGGUGGGCUUCAACAUGAGGAAGAUCACGAAGGGCAACGUCACCAUCAAGCUGUGGGACAUCGGGGGUCAGCCUCGCUUCAGGAGCAUGUGGGAGCGUUACUGUCGAGGGGUCAGCGCCAUCGUAUACAUGGUGGACGCCGCAGAUCCAGAGAAGAUCGAGGCCUCCAAGAACGAACUCCACAACCUGCUGGACAAGCCGCAGCUGCAGGGCAUUCCCGUUUUGGUUCUGGGGAAUAAGAGGGAUCUCCCAGGAGCUCUGGAUGAGAAGGAGCUCAUCGAGAGGAUGAACCUGUCGGCCAUUCAGGACAGAGAGAUCUGCUGCUACUCCAUCUCCUGCAAGGAGAAAGACAACAUCGACAUCACCCUCCAGUGGUUGAUCCAACACUCCAAGACUAAGAGGAGUUCCUGAGGAAUGACGCGACCAACACACAACGGCCAAGUCCCCCAACUCUGACCCCUCCCCCCCAAAACUAACACCCAUCCCACCCCCCACCCGCACCCGAGGAUGCACCGAUACCUGCAGCUUUAGCUCGAACAUGAUGGAAAACCAAAUUAAAGACGCUCUCUGAUUGGCCACCACAAAAGUCUGCGUUGGCGCUGAGGUGGAGGAGAAAACGGAGCAGAGCUGACAACGUCCCGCCUCCUGGAGAGGUCGGAGGGCAUUCUGGGUGGAGCUGCUGACACCCACGCGUCUUAUCCUGCAACCAUGCCUCCACAGUUACAGCGGUGGCGUUGCGGUCGCGUCCUGAGGUUCGGGGAAGGUGUCAUCAGCUCCUCCCGGAGGAAACGCGUUACCAACCCGUGUUGAGUCUUGACGAGAGCUCGUGGCCGUGACCGAUGGAUCGGCGAGGUUCUGCUGGGCUCGCCGGUGGAACCGUCGGCCCGCUGCAGCAGACGUAUCGGUGCAUCCUCACUCAUCCACUCAACAGGACGUCAGCUCGUCUUCUCACACCAUCAUGUCUUCGUGGAUUUGUAAUCAUCACUACAACCCGCUCCGACGAGAGGAGGGACGCUUUAACUUCCACUAACGAUUGCGAAGACACCCAUGAUGCAUCAUCAGCCAGUCAGCUGACGCCUGUUGCGUGGAUCUGUCCCAUGAUCCUCCUCUCCCACCCCGUCACAACCUGUCAUCAUUUCUCCUCCCUGGCUUUUUAUUCAUCCCUCUCUACCUCCGCAUCACGCACCCCUCCAUCAUCGCACAUUUUUAUCCUCCUCAGAAUCUCCUCUUCCUCUUUCGUCUGUUCUUCUUCUCCUGUUUCCUGUUUCCCUUCCCUCAUCUCUUAUUUUUGAUGUCUGUUCUCCCCUCCCCUGAUGCCAAGCCCCGCCCCUCGCCGUCUCUUUCUCCUGCCGAGCGAGGGAUUAAAAACCUUUUUAUUGCACUGUUGAUUUUGGUUUUGUAAGAUAUUAAUAAUGAGAAUAAUGUUAAUAAUCUUGGUAUUGUGACAUAACCUGAUCUGUCCAGACUCGAGGAGGUGGUACUUUAACAGAAGGACAAUGUUACCGUUUCUGUUCAUAUUUCUGUAAUAAGCUUUUUAUUUGUGUUUGUUUUAUAUUGUUGUUUUUUAUUGUUGUUUUUUGACUUCAUAAGUCUACUUUGGUUAUCUAACCAGAGUUCAGUGUUUUGUGCUCUGAGCUGUCUGCUGAUUGGACCAGGGGUGUCAUGUGACCUCAUGCAACUUUUGCAUCAUGUUGGGAAAACUAAAGCCUUGUAACCGCAUGUUACAUUUUUAAUUUAAAGUUGAUUAAUUUAAAGUAUUCCCUGCAUUUGUUUUUCUUCUUUUUUUCACUAUUCAUGGCACUAAAUUCCUCUAAACUGUCUUAAAUCUGGACUGUACCGCUAAACAGGAUAACGGACCCAUUUAAACCCAAACACUUGGAUCUUAAUCUUUGGGAAUCUGAAGAAAAUGUUAAAUUCUCCAUAAACUAGUAACAGUGUGGCGCUGGGGGGGCCGCCUGCCCCCCAAACCAAAGCUGCCGUUACCAGAUGCGACUUUCCUACUGCAUGCACUAAUGUGACACGACUUCCUGUUGCUGCUGGAGGGUUAUGAUUGACUCUUUCUGUCACACUAAUUAAACACGUGACGCUCCUCGUUAGCAGUUAGUUGUUACUUAUUCUCUAAAUAAUUUAAACCAAAAAUACCUUGGUCUUCAAAUUGAAUAAAUGCAUAUUGUCAUGCUUUCCCCAGGUUAUUAAAUAAUGCCGCUUCAUUGCUCAACACUCAAACUUUAUUGAAACGUUCCCCAGAACUUUAAAAGAACUCGCUUCUGAUCCAAAGAGACGUUUGGAAAGUUUUGAAGUUGUGAAGUUGUUCCUGAAGUAGCGUCGUAUAAUCUGAACAAAUCGCUCCAACCAAUCACUGACGGGGGGUGGGUCAUGAUGGGGGGGCGUGUUCUCGGGGAACAGAGAAGGGAUGGGCUAACUGAGUUUUGUUCCCCAAUAUAUCAACGAUGGGACGUCACCCAGAAAUCUUUGAACCAUUUUUAAACUAGAAAACAUUUGGUAGGAAAUUCGUAAAUGUGUUGGUUCUUUAAAAUUUUAAUUUAUAAUGGUCAACAAGAAAUAAUCUCAGUGACGCUGAGAGGUGCACAUUUAGUCCCAGAGGUCUGAUCAUCUUGACUUCUGUAAAACCUUCCAGCCAUGAGAUGCAGCACGAAGUGAAGCUCAUCAGCAACAUUCAGGUGUCAGCGGGCCGGUUUCACACCGCUUUUAUCUUUUCAUCUGUCUGGUUUGGUCACAGUCAGCUGGUCCAGGUCACGUCCUGGUCCUGGCAGCAGCCAAUGAGAGCUCAGAGCAGACGGGAAGCAGCCGCUCGCGUCUGUGCGUGGUUCGGCGGUCGGACCGCCAGAGGGCCACGUGGGAGAUCGUUUCUGCUUCACACCAACGGGGGGAACCAGGUUUAUCUAUGUUUGUUGAAGCCGCUCUACGUAGGAAUACCACUACUGACCGAAAGAAGGUUCACGAGUCAGCCCGGCGUAAGACACCCAAGUGCACUUCAAGUGGGAGAAAGUGGCAUCAGCAGACGUGCCGGACCGUCCCCACUCAGCGCAGUAUUAGAAUCGGCUGUUUCUCAACGAGCGUUAAUCAUGUGCUCAGAGGUGGUUUUGAUACGUAGGAUCUUUAAAACUCGGAUCCUCUUCCAAACCCUAUCAGGCUCUAGCUGCUGCUCUAGAUUAUACAGGAUACUCUGGACAAUAAAUCCCAGCAUGCACUUCAGUCAGCUAGUGGCGACGGUGGGCGGCAGUUGGCUACCUCCAGACACGACAUGACCUGAGAUUCUUUCAUUCACGCCGUCUACAACGCGAUCGCACCUCGUCUGUCUCAGAGGCAAGUUUGUGUUGGUUGUUCAAACAAAAUAACAGAAGGAAUGAUGUGACUUUAGUCUCAAAAAAACAGAUGGUUAAAGGAGAAUGGACCACCGGUGAAACCAGGGACAUAUCGUGCUCAUAAGUGACGGACAAAUGGCUGGUUGGUGCCGAGGCUGACCUUCCUAUCUGCAGCUGGAAUGUCGUACUCAUGACGUUCCUCAGACCUCGUACCGUAAAAGUGAGGCUGCAUCGACUCCGGUCCACUCCGGCUCCAAAGCACAGUUUCACAACCAAACCAGCCUCCGUCCUUCUUAGCAUAUCACAUCGCUCUUUGACUGAACGUUAGCGAGCAGAAAUGACCUGAAACUCUGCUGGAGGUUAGCUGCUCAUGAGGCGUUCCUGCACGUGCCGGCGGUUUGGUCACCUGCUGGUCGCCGUUUCUUCUCCGCAGCGUCAUUUACGGCAUCUCUGUCUGUGUAGUAACUUCCUGCGAUGGUCAGACGGUGGGGGCUGGGCACGGCAGGGAAGGACGCGUAGUGACAGAAGCGUGGAAGUGCACUGGUGCACGUGCAUCAUCGGUUUAGCCUGUCCGCAUUAGACCGCAUUUAGAAACUGACGCUGGGUCUGCAGCGACCGGGAUCGCGACCGGCUUCAGUCGUUCCACAAACACGAGACUGAGUAAGAAGGAGAUUCGCAAUGUAUCCCAGAGUAGUCGUCAAGGUCUCAAAUAAUAGGAGGUCCGACCCACGAGGCCGUCCCCCUAGAAGACUGAACCCCCAACAAUGUUAGAUAAACUCUAAAUCCUUGUAAAAGACCAAAACCAAACUUGCAUGAGAAGCUCAAGGAGACUUCAUCUCAAGUCAGAGUUUCCUCAGCUGGGAACCUUUUGAGACCCACCAGCCUCGUAGAGCAUGUUGGAACAGGUCAGACCAGGUCAGACCAGGUCAGAGCUGGUCAGAGCUGGUCAGAGCUGGUCAGAGCUGGUCUUCUCAGAUACGCCUGAUAGCAGCCGUUGGUGUUCUGGGUCCUGAAGGUGUGAAGCGGGGACGGUCUCCUGUACUGGCAGCUGAGGGCAGGGACCUGAUGAACUGAGGGCAUCUUAGGUGCGUCUUUGGCCUUAAUCCAGUGUGUGAACCCGAGUGUUGACUUGAAGAAGGGCAGCGUUAAGUACACAUCAUGAAAUGUAUUUAAACGUGCAAUAAAGUAGUGAAAGUACCAACAUUGUGCUGAAACAAGGGUCGGAGCAGUUCUCGUGGAAGACGGUCUUGUAGAAAUCUGUGAUCCUACUUGUUCAAGCUGUAACUGCAGAACGGGUCAAACGGUUCACGGUCGUCCUGGUUGUGGAGCUAAAAACGAGCUUUUGCUUGAUCCUGGCGACAAACGUCAUCCCGUCUGCAAAGUCUGGGAACAGACGUCCGGGUCUGAACGUGAGCCGGCGAUGGCGUAUCGCUCGGUUCCCAGGUCACUUCAGCGCUCCGGGCUUUGGUCCGUCAGUCCUGCAGGUAUUCGUGUCGUUUCUGAGACCGUCAGCGGGAAGAUGUCCAGUAUUUUGAGCUCCUCCACUGUUGGGGAGAUUAAAUAACUGCAGGGUUCUCAUUUAGACAAAGAUCCCAAAAACUGAAGCAAAGUCCACGUAACACUGUGGAUUUAUUCAGAAUGAAGCGUCGGCCCGGGUUUGACCCGAUGACAGAUUAAAGUUUUGGUCCUGAAUGCGUUUCCUGCCGCUGUUUCUGGCAGGAUGAACGCGCGGCGGCAGCCUGUCGGUUUGGAUCCAUUUGUACAUCACUGAUUGAGUUGGUUUCAUGUGUUUUAUUAGAACAUGCUCGUGUAUGAUACUAAUUAAAUGCUCUGGAGAAACAA